AUAACAAUCAAUUUGUGAUGUUGUUGCUUAAAAACUUCCCUUAUUUUAAGGACACCUUGACCUUCGUCGUACAAGCAGUUACAUAACAAUGGCUGCCGUGGAAAUGGUGGUUGUCUUAAUCUAAACUUCCUUAAUCUCCGCCGCCAUGGCCGCCUUUCCGGAGAGUUUACCUCUUCUUGAAGAAUCCAGCAAUGGCUUCUUACACUCUCAGUCACUUGAAAUUUCAGCUCCUUCUUCCUCUUCUCAAACUGCAGAACAUCACCCAUCUUCUGUGGAACACGAAUUUCAAUCAAUUUGCUGGGGUUGUGGAUUACGACUUAUACUUCCAUCAAAUGCACCAGUUUUUAAGUGCGGUUGGUGUGGGGCGAUAACCAAGCAAAAUGAACGCAAACAUGACAGCAAAAAAUUGUGGUGGAGACGUUUAAGAGAUCGCUGCUUUGUUUUUGUCCUCCUCGUAUUUGUGGUCUUCAUUAUAUGUGGGGGUGUGUGGGCAGUAUACCCAGUUGUGUUUUCAGUAGGCUCUCUGUUUGGCGUGUUCCACUGUAUAGUCACUUUCCUAUUGUCUGUGUCUACGGUUUCUAUGUUCAGCUUUGCGGCCUUCAGUGAUGCCGGCACACCCCCGCCGGUAGUUUGGGGUAGCUAUCCAGCUGUGAGGAAAGAUGAAUUACAGGACUAUACUUUCUGUCAGUACUGUUCCAAGCCAAAAUCAUCUAGAGCUCAUCAUUGCAGUUCGUGUGGGACGUGUGUGCUGGACAUGGAUCAUCACUGCCCUUUUAUUGGCAACUGUGUUGGUGCAGCAAACCAUCGGUAUUUCAUUGGCUUCCUAAUCGCAGCUGUUACUAGUGUGGCAUAUGCUGCCAUCAUGUCUGCAUAUACAGUCCUUCAUAUACUACCAUCUUUGGGUGAGAGAUCUGUUCAGCAAAUGCAUAGAAUUGACAGCAACCGCAACAUUGCACUUGUGGGCAUCCUGAAGGAUGUAUUAACCGCAUUCGUGACUUCUGCUGUGUUCUUUUCUCCAAGAGGGCUUGUUCUUCUUUAUCUCUUUGUUGCUAGUAUAUCUGUGGGGAUAGGGUUAACUGUACUUUUGUGGCAACAACUUUAUUUCAUCUACGAGGGAAGAACAUACCUAUCUAGCUUGACCUCACAAGCUGAAACAGAACGUGACUGCAGAAACCUAUACCGAUUUUUUGGGUUCCCAUAUAUUUGUUACUUGCGUGGUGGUUCUGGUUCUAAGAAAAUCCAUAGUAAGUAGAGAUUUCUCCUCAAUUUUAUCCCACUGAAGGGUUUCGACGAGUAGAUUCGCCACAUGAUUUUUGAACUGUCAGAUAGGAAACAAUCUUUGUGCUAUUGCUAGGGUAAGGCUGCGUACAUCUGACCUCCCCUACGCUGCCUAAGGCAGGAGCUUCUCUGGAGGCAUUGGGGUAAUACCUUUUGUUAAUGAUGCUGGAGUGUUGUGGUAAUAUUACUGUUGAUGUUGUAAUGUUGUACAAUAGCAAUUCAUAUUUUUACAUAAUUUCACGUCAA